AUCUAUCAUCCCUAAGAUGGGAACAGCUGAAGAAAAUGUAAAUCCACCAAAAACAAUUUUGAAAAAUUUUAAUUGAUAUGAAUGGAUUUAAAAAAUGUCGCGGCUGUUGUUGUGAUAUGCUCCAUACCAGCAAAUGCUAUAAUUUAAUGGAAACACCCGAAUUGGCCAAUAAGUUCUAUACGUGUACGAGUAUAAAUGUGUCGCAGGACGAAGUCGUGAAGGAUACGGAGCUGAUACCCAAAGAACUCUGUGAGAAAUGUUUCCUACAGCUAGAGGAGUUUUAUAGAUUUCGAAAAAUAUGCAUAGACGCGAACAAUAACUAUCGUGAACUGCGAUUACAGGUUAAGAAUAGGAAUCAAUCGGAAGGCGAAACUAAGAGAGUCAUGGGAAGUCAAGCUAUAGAAACUACUGAAAUGAUCCAGUAUGAUGGACAGCAAGGAGAAAAUCCGCCAGUGGAUGUGUCCUCUUUGGAGUUCAAAUGUUCCAUUUGUUCUAAAAGCUUCUCUAAUGAGCAUCCAUAUUUCGCUCACUUACGACAGCAUAAAGCUCAAAUGCCAUUUCCUUGCCCGGAGCCCAGUUGCCAUCGCGGUUUUAACCGUCGUAAUUUCCUACAGGAACAUGCGAAAGAGCACGAGGGCAAAGCUAUGAAGUGGUUUCAUUGCGAUCAGGAAAAUUGUCAUAAAGCCUAUCGUCACAAAGGCACUCUAGUCAUGCAUCAAAGGAAAUGCCAUCAACUGGGUCCAGAACUAGCAUCACACAUUUGCGAAUACUGUGGAAGAGCAUUUAAAUCCCUGACCUCACUCAACGAUCAUCGAUAUACGCACAAAGAUAAGUCUGAGAUGCCCUUUGCCUGCAAAGAGACGGACUGUUCACGUCGCUUCGCUACCAAGGAAAAACUCAAGGUACAUAUGAUGCGGCAUAAGGGAAUCAAAAAUUUCGCUUGUCCAUAUUGCGACAUGCGUAAGACCACCAGAAAUGAGCUAAAGAUCCAUAUAAAUUAUCAUACACUGGAAAGGACUUGGCCAUGUCGAUUUUGCUCUAAAGUAUGCAACAGUUCAGGCAAUCUUAAAAUGCACGUACGAACUGUCCAUGAGCGAGCCCGCGACUUUCCGUGCAGUUAUUGUGACAAGAGUUUCGCCAAGCCGGACACACGAAAAUAUCAUGAAAUGACACACACGGGUGAGAAGAAUUUCAAAUGCGAGGAGUGUGGCAAACGAUUCACCCAACCAGCAGCUUUGCGAACACAUCGCAGGACACAUCAGCGCAAAAAAGAGCCUGCAGAAGCUAUGGUAUUACCAGCUACAGAAGCUAUAGUAUUACCAGCUGCACAAGCAAUUGUAUUACCAACUGCUACUCUAUUACCACCUACCAUUUUAUAUGUUGCUAUAUAAUUAUCUCUACUAUUGUCACUAAGUAGAUAUUCCAUAUACAUAUAUACAAAAAAUACGAUCUCAUUUUAUUAGAAAUAAAACCAAAUUUAAUUUACGAUUA